AUGCAUUUAAACUUGGACCGCAGGUUUAGAAGCAAAAUCAGGAGAGCAUCGCCCAAUUUUGUUCUUAAAGACCGCAGACUCUUCUACACGGGGCCGAGCCGAGCCUUCAUGCGGCUGGUGGUUUUGUCUGAUGACGAGCGGCGGUUGGCCCUCACGGAGAGCCACGUGGACACCGGGACCGGGACUCACAUGGGCAACAGAAGCACCAGGGACCGCGUUGUCUCCGGAUACUACUGGAGCACCAUCAACAAGGACGUAGUCGACUGGGUGAAGUCUUGUCAUCAAUGUCAACUGAGGAACGCAGUGAAGAGCGUGCGUCCAGUCUUACCUGUGAUUAAGGUGAAGGAGGCCUGGGAGGUGCUGGGGCUGUAUCUGAUCGGACCGCUCCCUGAAACCAGCCGUCUGAACAAAUUCGCCCUGACGCUGACGGACCUUCACACCAAGUACGUCAUCGCCGAAGCUCUGCCCAACAAAUCCGCAGCUGAAGUGUCGGCCACGGUCAUCAACAAGCUCUACUCGUUUGGACUCGUCAGAAAGAUCAUCACCGACCAGGGCCAGGAGUUUGUGAACCAGCUGAACGAAUGCAUCUCAUCAACUUUGAACAUUAAGAACUCGGUCUCCAUCGCUCACCCGAACCAAACCAAACGACAGGACGAGAGGACGUGUAAAAACAUCAAACGAGCUCUCAGGGACUACAUCAAAGAGGGACACUCGGACUGGGACCUGUACCUGCCCGCUGUGGUCUACGGACACAACAUCACGAAACAGCGUUCGACAAGACAGACGCCGUACUUCCUGCUGUUCAAUCGAAACCCGCGUCAGCCCGAGGUCAUGAACGCCUGCCCCAUGGGAGACGACUUCGUGGUGGCCGGGUCGGAGGACGAGGAGGAGAAGUUGCAGGGUGACAAGGUCGAAGCUUUGCAAGAAUCCAUCAUCGAAGACCACGACUACUGCAUGAGCGUCGGAGGAGAGGUCAUGAGGCUGGUUGUCAUCUGA